AUGUGCUUUUCCUUACUAGAAUGCGACACUCCUGUCGAGCUUGGCUUUCUUGUGGAUCGUUCUGGUAGCAUUAACAAGCAAGACUUUGAGAAAGUAAAAUCGUUUGUUUUAACGGUCAUUGGUGGAUUCGAUGUUUCAAAGAAAGGAACACAUAUUGGGAUCAUCUCGUACAGCUCGGAUGCAAAAACUAUCAUUAGUUUUAACCAGUUUGAUGACCCAAAUUUUGAUUAUGGAAAACUAAAUGAUACCAUAAGAGAUGGUCUUGCUUCUCCCGAGGGUGGAACGACAAGGAUUGACCUCGCUUUGGAGAAAGCGGACCAGGAGUUGUUUUCAGAUAUCACCAAAUAUAGAUCUUUUGUACCUAAGGUACGUAUGCUGAGAAAUAUUUUAAUAGGACUAUAUAUAAGCACGGUUUCUAAUUUGGAAAACACGCAUGUAUGAGUUUAAUUUUCAUAGUUUGUCAAAGUUAUUAAGUUACACGAGCCGAAUGUACUGUGUGUCUUCAAAUCGCAUCGGCAACCAGGCAUGGACGCAUGGUUUCAAAUAUUCGCCACUCUGCUAUAUGUAGGCUGCGUAGCAGCUGGUAUUUUUAUUUUGAGGGAAUAACUGCGGGCGGGAAAAUUAAGAUCGAAUUAUAAUCACGAUGUAAUGAUGUCCAAAAAAAGGGUCGUCAAGUUUAGGGUUAGAUUAGGGUCAGAUUAAGAUUAGUUUAGUGUUAGAGUCGGGUAGUCAAAGUAUAAGAGUUUAAGAAUGAAAACAAUUCAUGCAAGUAAAAUUAUGAUUUGCACCAAAACGAGGCUAUAGUCAGUUGUCUUUGCUCAAUCUAGCAGAAAUUCCGGGUUUUUAAUUUAAUUUCUCAAAGACAAUACAAGGUAUUAUAUUUCUAUUUUGUAAAACUAAUAGUCUUUAAGUAUUCUAUAAAGUGAUUACCUUGGUCAAAAUUAAUUUCGGGAGAAAAAAGAUUGCCAACCAUUUUUCGAAACAGUCUAUUGUAAGAUAAUAAUUUCGUCAAAAUACUUUGGCAAAAAAAUUUUACAAACCGUCUUCUUAUUAAGAAGGGUACAAAAUCUCAGAUGGUUAUUGGGAUAACCUGUUAUCGUUGUGCAUGCAGUAUACCUGGCAUUGACAUCAAGUUGUAGCUGGAGGGAGGUGUGCCCCCAACACUCCUUCCUGGCUAAAUAUUUUUCUUUUCAGAUCCUGCUAAUUUUAACUGAUGGCCAACAAACGAGGGAAGGAGAUAUUGAUGCUGAUCUCUCUGCAGCCACCAGGAAACUCAGCAGAAAAGGUGUGGAAGUGUUCGUUCUAGGAGUUGGAGAUUCCGUGAUUAUUCCUGAGUUGCUGGAAAUUGCUGCAGAUAAAGAUGAAAAUGUCUACCUCGCUGAUAAUUUUGAUGAAUUAGAAACAGUGGUUGAAGGUCUAGUCAGUUCAUUCUGUAAAGGUAAGAUAAAAUACUAAAAGAAAAUGAGGUUUAAUUACGAGUACAUUGAUAAGGUGCAGUUCAUUUAAAGUCUUUGUAUACGCAAUUUUUUCGUAUUAAAGUAAGAAGAAAAGGGUAAAUUAAAAUAGGAGAAAAGUUAUGUUACUAUAAGCAAUUUCACCGUUUUGCACGACUAGCUAUGUUUUCCGCACCAAGUAGUCGAUGGUACUGUAUAGACCCAUUGCACUGACGUCACAAAUCCUUAGAGUGUCCUCCAGAUGCUCCCUAACAAUCUGUUCGGGUACAACAACCACACACAGCGCAUAAAUUAACCAUUUUAAUACAAAAUUAUUAUAAAGUUUUACAAAAUUUGCUUUGUUUACAAAAGUUAUAUUAUGGAUAGAUUGCUAAUUUGUCCUCCAGAUGCAUCGUCACCGCCUCUGUGACGCCAUGCGCAAUGGGUCUAUAUAUAAGCAGCAAAAAUCCCACAAUCACAGUCCGUGCUUUAUCAGAUAUAAAACAUUUAUAUUUGAUAAAGCACUCCUGCUCGUGUUUUCAAUAGUAUUUAUUUCAUGCACGCAGUUGUCGGUUAAAAUGGUUUCGUCGCAGUCACAUCGCCUCCCUCCAGCUCCUUUGCUUUCUACCCCCUGCUGUACUUCGUCCUGCACUGGACUAACAAGUAUAUAAUGGUUAACCUAUACUCUGUAUAAAAGCAGUUAGUUUGUAGUUCAUAUAGUUUUUAGACCUGACCAGUUCAAAUAAUGUUUUUAUAAUUUAGUUAUAAAAAAAUUGCGGUUGCCAUAGAGUAUUUUAAUAAAACACAAAACAAUAGACACUCCGAAAAUUGUAAAAUUUUUGGAGUGCCUAUUGUUUUGAAUUUAGUUAUGCUUGUGUUAUACUAAAAAUAUCCCUUUAAUUUAACUCAAAACUUUCAUCGUUUACUUUCUAGUAUGCAAGCGAAAUGUGGACAUUGCGUUCUUAAUUCCAACUGUGUCCAAUACAUUACAAGACGUUAAAGUAAUCGUCAACGCCAUGUUGUUAACAUUUGGCAUCAAGAAGUAUGGUGGAGUACAUGUCGGUGUAAUAACUUGUGCCGAACAGGGCGAUGUUAUAUUAAAACUGAACGAAAAUUACAUAAGGGCAGAAAUCCAAGAUAUUUUAGAGUCACUGCAAAUAAAAGGAAGCCAAGUGGUUUUAGAUAAAUGCUUAAGGGAAGCAAGUAGUGACAUGUUUGAUGUCAAAGGCGGUGUAAGAAAUUCUGUGGAUAAAUAUCUGAUUGUGUUUGAUGACGGUAGUUCGUUGUUUGUCCAACCAGCUGUGAAUAAUGCAAUCUCAACUCUGAGAAGCCAAGGUAUAACAGUCAUGGGAAUGGCAAUGGGCAGUAAUCCCGCAGCUGAAACCAAGAUGAGAACUAUAAGUCAUGUGCCUGAAAGCGUUUGGUUGAAGUCAGCACGUCAAAGGGAAGUUCAGAAUGCCGCAUUUUUUGCUCGAUCCGUAUCCGAAGUUCUCUGUAAAGGUAAUAUUCAAUCGCGCACAUUUUUCAUCUUACACCUGCAGUAGUGUUAAGUAGGUUUUGAUCGCGUUUGCGCAUAACCUAGCUAAUAACGACCUAAUUUAGAAAGCUUGACCGAAAAUCACUAACAGGUGGAUAGCGCUAUCUGGACUUCGUGCAACCGUGAACGUGCUUCGGUGACGAAGUGGUUAGCGCACUUGCCUUUCACCUCCAAGGUCGCAGGUUCAAAUCUCAGUGAGAACUUUCUCAAUGCGACUCGAACCCAGUCCUCAUGUGAAAAGAGCAAAAAGUCAACGCUCUGCCGAAAGUCGUGGGUUUUCUCCGGGUACUCCUAUUUCCUCCCACAGGGGAAGUUGACAGGGUGGGUUAGGUAAAAGGGCCCACAGUAAUUGGCAUAUGCUGUUGUGGUGACCCUGCCCUAGUUGGCAAAGCUAAAUAAAUAAAAAUAAAUAAUAUAGCGGAAUUUAUCAGGUUGGAUAUUAUAUCACCUGCAUGCCGUACAGAUAGAUUGUCGUUUCUCCACACGCGACUGUAUAUUUAGCCGAAAUGAGAUAUGAAUGAGUGCUUUGCUUAAGUAGUACAUACCUCUUUGUCUCGAGCGGGUUUCCAACUCUCAUCUUUGGAUCAAUUCUAAACCACCGCUCUAUCCAUAGAGCUAUCGAACCAACGACGCGGUUUCGAAACAAGUUUUAUUUUCAUGACAAUUUAAAGAAAAGAAAUUGAAAAUUUUGGGUAGCUUUCCACAUUACUAUUUCGAAAUAACGUCACAAUGAUUUUGAUGAGGGUACUGUAUUAAAAUUGAGGUUGUUAAUGUGGAAAUUGACCCAAAUUUCAAACGAAGAACUCCCAUAAAAUAUCUUUGAAAAAUACCAAAUAACGAAAUAUAAGGGUAAUUGUUCCGCAGGGUUAUCCAGGAUCGCAAUUAAAUCCCACAUUUUUUUCAAUUCUGCCAUAUACAUGUAGGUAAAUCUCAGAACUGGCUAACUUUCCAACUUUAUUGAAUUUCAGAGAAACCUGGAAAGUGUCCAUAUACAGACGAAUCAGAACCAUGCGAAGGUGACGCAUCUUACGAUGAGUGCGAUUUAGAUUCGGACAGAGCAAGACCUUGUCUUGAUGAUAUGAUUUGUUGUGAAAAUCCCUGUGGAAGGAGAUGUGUUUCACUCAUGCCAGGUAAGUAUUAAUCAAUAUGAAGCUUUAUGAGAUCGACAACCAGUGGCUAAAUGAAUGUAAUCGCGAACAAAUUAUAUCACGACUAUGACCUGACGGGGCGGGGCUUCUUAUGCAAUAGAAAGUUUGAGCAAGAUAACGAAGUACGAAGACGUAUAUACUUGACAAUUUUUGAGUAAGACAUGCAAUUUUUUGCGCAUAUAGAGUUUGGGGUCACAGGUGGUUGCUCAACGUGUCUUCCGUUAUGGAUUCAUGUCUCACUGUUUAUGAAUGCUUCUCUAAUCACCUUACACUCACCCAGACAAAACAGCGAGACAUGAAACUAUAUCCCGUCUUUGGUAUUCUGCCUUCGUUCAGAACCAAGUUCACAACGAAGAACGAAGACAAGAUUUUGAUUCAUCAUUCAUGUCUCGCUAUUUUGUCUGGGUCAGGCAGGGUAAGGAUGUCAUGAAUCUAUAACCUAUCUUUUUUGAAUAAUCACCGCUGACCAUAAACUCAUGAGUAUGUGCAAAAUAAUGCGCAGACGGGCACCAAUUGUCAAGUACGUCUUCGUCGUCGUACGUCGUGUCUUGCUCAAACUCUCCAAUAUUAAUAAAUAACUAGAUUAACAAAUAACCAGAUGCGGUUAGCGCGCUAGAGUUUGGCGCUCAGUUAAACCUGCUACUGUCAAUCGACGGUAUAAUUAAUUAUUAUGUCAGGUGACUACCAUCAUAGCAUGCAUAUUCAAUAUACUCGGAAACCAUUGUAAGUAUAGAGGCUUCUUCGGUGUUCCUUCCUCGCCAGAACUUAACCCAUGCUUCUGGCUCGGUUGAAUUGGGCAACCACAUCCUAUGUAAACGACAUUGAAUAAAUUAGAAGUCGGAAAAAAACAACUAUCGCUUUUGGAGUUAUAACAGUUUGUGGGAACCGUUGGUUCUAGAAAAUCAUUCAGAAAAUUUUGGCUUAAUUGUCUCGAAGGUUGAGUAUAUCCAUCAAGCAGUGAUUCAAAGGCACGCAAAUAUGUGCUGGAUGUCUCGAUGAAAACAAUUACCCCCAAUUUGUUUAACCUUUUUUCUGUAUUUCUAGAUUGCUUCAGCCCUGUUGAAAUAGCACUGUUAGUAGAUUUAUCUGGUACCCAAGGGGACAAAUAUAAGGAAGAUAUAUUAGAAAAUUUGAAAAGAUUUUCAAAGGAAUUAGUGCAUGGUUUUAGUAUUACUGAGACUACGGCAAGGGUCGCAAUAGUAACAUACAGUGAUGAAGCGAAAGUCAAUAAGGAUUUGGGGAGUGGACAAUCUUUCCGAAUGGUUGCAAACAAUAUCGAUGGCAUAAAGUUGUCCAACAAACCAAACAGGAAUCUCGAAGAAGCUUUGAGAUUUACCAACGAAAACAUAUUCAGCUUGAAAGGUGGACUUCGCAAAGUAUGUAUCAAAAUUAUACACAAGGGUAUUAUUAAUGUCUACUUUAUAUCUAUUUUAGUUAUUUUCAAGGGUGGGUAGUAGCGAUUUUCAAGUACUACAAUUUUCAAGUAGCCAGUAGUUUUUGACUACUUUUUUAAAACAGUAGCUGUAGUUAUAGCGAACUACAUUUUGCCUAAAAGUAGCCAAGUAGUUGACUACUUUUCAAACAGCGAAUCGCUAUUCGCUACUUUUUGAAAUUGUUAGCACCUUGAUAGAAUAACGUGAUAUUGAGACACAGUUUGCUUAAAAUCAAUACUCAAUAUUUCAAACAAUUCAGCCUGAGCUAGUAGAUGCUCCAAAUACAAUAAAACUAAAAAAUAUAGCGUAGCGAAAUAGCGAAAUAGUUCGCUACAUUUUUUAAGCAGUAGCUGUAGUCAGUAGCGAACUACCUUUGUUCAAAAGUAGCAGUAGUUGUAGCUGACUGCAUAUUUUUGAAGUAGCUGUAGUUAUAGCGAACUACAAAAAUUUUGUAGUCAACCCACCCAUGGUUAUUUUUGAAGUUUCUCAUCUCUUCGUGAAGGUCCCAAAACAUUUCACAAUCUGCAUGGUCCGUAAACCAUUUUAACAAUCCCUUCGAACGUCCAUUAAUUUUCAGAUUGGGCGUCGCGUUCUGGUUGUUCUUUCAUCUGGUGAACCAACAAAUCGCGAAACCAGUUUAUCAAGUGUUACCAGAAGCUUAACAGAUCAGGGUGUUGAGAUAUGGGCAAUACAUGGUGGCGCGGAUACUUCAAGUUAUUUGACUGAAGUGGUUUCACAGUCUUCAUACCUUUUGUCUUCAUUGGAUGAAGAUCUUGAAGAUUUUCAGAAAAAUUUCGUCAUGAGUGUUUGCUCUUGUAAGUGGAUAGUACUACUCGUAUGCAUCAAUAUAAAUAAAUUUCAAUAAUGAGUUACUACUUCGUGUAAAGAACACAUAAUUUAAUUUGAGGUAAUUAAAAGUACGUAUAGGUAAAACAGUCAGAUGGUGUUAAAAUAAGGGUUAGGGUUAAGUUAGGGUUAGGGUCAGGGUUAUGACUAUCUUUUAUGAUUACACAUAUGCUACCUUAUAAUUUUCUCAAACUGUAGUCUUACAUGAAGCACUUGCCAAAAAAUGUUAUAACUACAACCCCAAUUAAUAAAUAAUUAAUUAUAAUUUAUUAUAUGGCAAGCAUCACUUCCGGUGAAAUGGCUGACUGUGAUUGGCUGAAAAGCACUUUCAGCGGUCCAUUAUUUUCCCGUAAUGGACCGGCGGUUCAUUACGUAAAUACAAACGCAUGCAUUUUAAAACAAAGCAGCAAAACUAAUUGAAAAUUUGAAAAUUAUAAUUUAGUUUUGUUAUUAAUAAGAUAUCUGCGAAUGGUUUUAAGUGGAAAGGAAGGAAUACAUUGGUAUUUUUUGUUCAGUCUUCGAUCAAAUGUGUACCACGCUACUAAUAUGCAUUUCAAAUCAUGCAUUUAUUGUUUGUUUCAAGUAUAAAUGCCUAUAAAUGUCAUAUAAUAAACUUUUUAUUAACCUUGCUUGCUCGGUAUGUACAGAGAAAUAUCGGACCUCGGUCUUUUAGUACAAACCUCACCAUACGGACUCGGUCUGCACAAAAAAGACCUCGGUCCGAUAUUUCUCUGUAAAUACCUCGCGCUCAGUUAGUAAGAAAUUAUUAAUUAGUAAACAAAAUGCGAUUCUCGUAUAAUUUAAUUUUGAAUGUAUGAAUCAAUAGCGUUUUGUUUCAUUUCAUUUUAUUCUUAAAUUUUGACUUAUCUAAGCUCUUUGUUUGCUCAUAAAUUAAUGCCAUAUACUAGCACCAACAUAUCUAAUAUUAAGUUUUCCAUUGUUUGUCGUGAAGGAAGAUUGCCAGUAUGAAAAUCAAACAUAAAUAAUACUGUAUGACGAAAAGCCAGACUCAGAGUCUCAGAAAUUUUAAAUGUUCAUUCAUUUCAUUGCCCGUCUUCUUUAUAGCUAAAGAAGGAAUUUGUCGCACUCCAGUGUGUCCGCCCGAUGGUACAGAUCAGUGCAGACAGGACUAUUUGUGUCCUGGACAAGAAAAAUGUUGCCCUGGUACAUGUCGUAGUUGUGUGGAAACGAAAACCGGUAUGUCUGAUUUUAUAUUGUUAAUAGUCGAACUGAUAACUAAGCAGAUUAUCAAAGAGGAACUAGCCAGUAGACAUAUCGGUUGGUAAAACAGAACAGCACAUGAGAAAGAUAGCUGUCGGAGGCUAAAUUGUCCAGUUGACCUGCAGAAAUUGGUUACCUGCUGUUGCGAUGUCCUAGACUAGCCACUUUUUUGUGUAUAAUGUAUGUUGUUAAAACAAGAAAUAGCUGUUGUUUUAGCAGUACUAACAUUUGGUCUAACUCGUCUAACUACAAUAAGACUCAAAUAAGUAAUAUUUCAAAUCCGAAAAUGAGGAACCCAUCAACUAAAUUUUUGUUCCGUAUAGUAAUGUACCAGAUUGUACAUAUUUGUCAAAUGCAAACAUUUGAAAAGCAUUCAAUAAGUAAAAUAACUCAGCGGCAACAAAUGUUCGGUUUAGUGUUGCACAUAAUUAUCGUUAUAUAUAUACACUUUUAAUAAUUUAUUUUUCGUUCAUAUCUAUUAUAUCUCAACAUCAGACUGUAGAUACCCGAUGGACCUGGCAUUUAUCGUGCAAAAUUCUAUGAGCGAAAGUGAUUUCAAUGAAGUAAAAAGUUUCAUGAAAGACGUGAUGGAUGCUUUGGAAGUUGGUAGAACUAAUACAUACAUUGGUGUGAUAACGUUCAACAAAAAUGCCAAAAUAGACCUGGAAUUCUCGUCUAGUGUUGGUAAGUGAGGUUAUCGUUUGUAUCUAUGCACGGGGAUUUAGUAAUAACUUCAACUCCUGCAUGAGUAUUACGUACGUUUGUCUUCGUUUGUAACAGUUUCUUUUAGAUUAUAGGCCUAUAACAAAACCAAGAAUGGACUAAUGCUCCUCUAUACCCUUUUGUAAAAGAUACGUUUCACAUUUUUGGUAUCCCAGCAAGACGUGAGAAUGUACACUUACCACAUCUUAUAUAUACUGUAAAUACUGCAGGUAUAAGACACUUCGUGUUUCAUCUGCAGUUUUGUUAAGAUUCGGGAAACUUAUUCAACGGACCAAAAACUAGAAACAAAGCCUCCUACCUGGUUAGUCUACCUAAACUGCAACUGAGUUGCAAGAUGGGGCGCUCGAUUAAUAAUAAAACGUGAACAUCUACUUUCAGUUCUGUUGACAUUGCACUUAUAUUUAAAAGUCUAACCAAUAGAUUGUCCAUUAUUUCAGUGAGCGGAGCAGAAAGGAAAACGCAGGUGUUGUUUGACGCAAUUGAUAAGAUAAGUGCGUCACGUGAUCGUUCAACUACUGGAGCUAUCGAAGCGUUUGAACUGGCAAGAAAUCGGCUAUUUACUACAGACGCAGGAUCGCAUCCUAAUGAAAUUCGGGUAAGUUAGAUUUAUAGGACGAUUCGUGUUGGCAUUGUGGUAGCUUUAAAAUAUCUUAAAGAAUCACAGUCAACCGCGAUGCUUUGCGCGCUAAAAUGUUUUGAUUGUUUUGUAUUCCGCCAUUUUAUUGGCCACUUUAGUGACGAAAGAUUGACAUCGGAAGCGUGUCCUUAUAAUAUGGUGUGCGUGUGUGUUUAUUUUAGCCAAUGAUUUUAGAAAGUUUUCUCAUUUUAUAAAAUAGAUGGCUGAUCGCCCUAAUCAUGACUUCUGUAUUUCCCAUUCGUGGAAGACCAACAAGUGAGGGUAUAUCAAAAAGAAUAUCGUUGACAAAUUCAACGUACGUCCUUUGGACGGAAAGGAAGCCUGGAAAACGGGGGCUUUCGCAUAUUCCUUUUCCCAAAGGAGGAUUUUAACAUUAGGGAGUUUAAGCUUCACGUUUCCGGGAACGGCUAACGGCAGGUUCGAAUUUUCUUGGCAAAAUUUUCGUUGAACGUUUUUGUUUUAUAUUUUCUUUCUUGCGUCGAAAGAAUAAUUAUGUAUUUCAGUUUUAAAACAGCAAGUUCACUUACUCUUUAUUGCCUGAUACUGUAAAAUUUUUCUUUGCCUGGCGUUUACCGUUUGACGUAUAACGCGAAGCUUAACUCUCUAAUCUCAGAAAAAAUGAACAAAAUAAAAAAAAUGAAAAUGAACUAUUUUAUUGAAAACUAUAUAUAUGCGAAAAUAAGCAUGAUACUGUAAGCUAUUGCACGAAGUUGUCUGGUAAUGAGAUGAUGAGGCUUCAAGGUUUCUCAUAUGGAAGUUAUUUUGUCAGGUUUGUCGUUUUGCUCCUGUUAAUUAAGCUCUUUCUGAUGGUGUAAUCUAUUUUGCUGUAACUGAAUCGAUAGCUGAAUAGGUGGAGCGGCAAUCUAGAAACUCGAUGACGCGAGUUCGACUUGUUUCGUUGUUCACAUUAAUUAAAUUGAACGACAAUCUUUGACAAUUUAUAUUGGGACAAUCUAGUUUUUACAUGCAUUCAGAUGUAUGAUGUAUCAACAUUUUUUGAUACACUUAUUCCACUUUCCCUCCCCCCAGAUUGCAAUGUUGGCGUAUGUCUUUUUUGUGGGGUCACAAUAAUUGGGGGGGGGGCCUAGGCGUUUCAAAUUAUGUGAAAUUAUAGUGUAUGUCCGAUCCCAUAAUUUGACACUGCAAGAAACCUUGUACCCAGGCUCUCUCCUCUACGCUCACUGCAAGUGGCAAGCGUAGAGGCAUUAUAAAUAUUUCGUGCGCUAAAAUUGGAAUUGCUUGCAAUGCCCGAUUCAAUAGCUGAAUAGAAACCCAGUUUGUACAAAUUCAAAUUCCUCUCGAGACUAGGAAUUUUUCGUUGCUCUCUGCAGUGUCAUUUAUGUGAGUAACAAGAAAUAGUUUCGCAUAUUUCGGAAGAUAAUUCUGCUGUAAAACUACAAGAUUCAAGAAUUGAAAGUGGGCAACCAGUUGAAGUCUAAGAAACGUUUGGCGCUUUUGUCUGUUUUUCAGUCCCAGAUCCGAAUAAAAUGUUUAAAUUAUGCAAACUAAUGCAUUUAUCUACUUUCAACAAAGUUCAUUAUUUGUUGUCGAGUUAACAAAACCUGCAAUGCAUGCACCUACUACGUUUUGUUUUAUGUUGAAAUUUCAGAAUGUGGUCUUCAUAUCAAAUGGAAAGCUUGACCAACCCGAAGAAAUGACAGGAGCAGCCAGAAACCUACGUGCUGAUAUUUCAAACAUCUUCCCAAUUUCCCUGACAAACGAUAUUGAUGUUAAUACCUUGGAGAAGAUAGCGGUGCCAGAUGGAGAGAAGAAUGUUUAUUUGACAACAUCGUACAGUUCUCUUGAUCAAUAUAGAAACAAGAUAGCUGUUGAUCUGUGCAAAAGAGGUAAGAAAGAGAAACGCUGUGAAUCUGUGUUUUAACAGAUGUACGAAUUUUGUUAUCCUUUUGUAGCCUCUCUUUUAGUAAAAUUGAAGCCAAAAAUAUUCCAGUGGUUACCCCCAUUUGAAUAGAUGGCGGCCAUGUUGGAGUUUCCCACUCGCUAAUAAACGCUUAAAAAACAACAAUAACUUUCAUCAUUUGAAUAGUUUGAAAAUGUAUUUGGAAUAGAUUUAACUUAAUGUAUAAGUUCCCUGUUUAAGAAAUAGAAAACAUACGAGUCUUGUCAUUUCUUGGGAAUAUCUGUCUGCAAUCACGGCUUCAAUUUUUGUAUUGAAGAAUAAUUAGAUGCACUAUCUAGUGUAUAUAAGAUAUCUAUGGGUUGGACACACUUGUCACACACCAGCUUAUGCAUGACUAACUUCACGUAUGCUGAUGUUUAUAAAAACAUCACAAACUUCUUUUCUCCAACUUAAACCAGAUAACUCAUUCCCAUCUUCAUAACAAUGAUAAGUCCUGUAAGGAAUCCAAUUUCUGGAUAUAAGAAACAGAACAAUUUAAAGCAAUGCUUUGGAAUGUGGGGAGGGGUCUUCCCAGACUACGUGUUGGGCAACAAAUGAAAAUUCGUCUAUCUUUUUUAGAAAAAGAUUUGUUUAUCAACUUUUUAAUAAUUUUACCUUAUUUUUUCACAAAUAAAUUAUAAAUCGUCUCAAGCUAUCUGCAACCACAGUAUCUAUGAAAGGCAAUCUGGCGUUUCACAACUUAUACUUUCCUGUGAGAGGUUCAGAUUUUGACUUCCACUACCGCUACCGUUACCAUUAACCAAUGGGAUGCAUUUAAUCUACCCGACUAACCAAUCAAGUGCGUAUUAAACCUGUGAGAGGUAGCGAUAGUGGAAGUCAAAUCUGAACCUCUCUGUUAAUUGUUAUGAAACUGUUUUCCAUGAGCGUCACAAUAAAAUAUCCGUGAAUUGCGAAGGAAUACACCUUCAACACAGACAACAUGAAAAAGCCUGCAGUUUUCAUCUGUACGGAUAAAGUAUGGAUAAACGGAGGAAUGAAGGCAAUGGUAUAAAAAAUUAGCUCAAUUAGAAUAAAGAAUCAGUCAUUCAUACGUUCCCGCAUUCUUAUUUCCCGCGUACGAAAUAUAUUAGUACAAAAUGGUUUAGUUCAAUUUGUAAUUACAGGAUUUCUUGAAGCCAGUAGCAAAAACCAUUUAUUAGCAAGAAGAGCACGUGAUUUACAAUUUGAUUCUGGUUUUAGUUCUGGUGAGUAAUAAGCUGCAAGUUGUAACGCCUUCACAUCACAUAUUUUAUUGUGACGCAUUCGCCUUUUGUCACAUGCAAAUUCAUUUCCGACAUACACACAUACUUUAAAUACCGUGCUUAUAAUCAGGGCCGUACGCAAGGGGGGGGGGGGUACGUCUGCUUGACAAAUCGCAUUGUAUAAACGUUCGUUAUCCUAAAUGAUGACUGUCCAAUUCUUGGUUGCUUUUACGUAUUUUAAGGUGGUAACCUAAACAGUGAAGACGAUCCUGUCGUUUUGGUGAGUAAAUAUGCUUCUUAUGUGCUUUUUCAAUAAUAUCACCGCCAUCUUGAAUCAUAAUGCAUUGUGGUUUAUCCAGAUUUAGUAGCGUCUAGCCUAGUGUGACGUGUUUAAUUACCCUGCUUGAUAAUAAUGAGUUAUUUUCAUGCAAUUUUUUGUCAGUACAGCAGGCUCGUAAUUUCAGCGGAUUUGUGGUGAGAAAAUGAAAGUUUUACAUAACACAGAGCUCGGAGCUGGUAAUUUUGCAUAAAAUAUCCGCCGAAGUGGGAGAAAAUGCGCUAAAGAACUUUUAAAGUGACAUGUGAAGACCUUAUGUUUGGUUUUCGAAAUGUUUCAACCAAAAACAUCGUGCAGUUCGCUAUCUUUGUACUUGAUGGUGUCGCAACUGGGUAAAAAAAAUUUUUAUACUGCUACAUAUCAUCAUGAGCCUGAAAAUGCAGCCACCUUCAGUCACCCAGACAGUAGUUCUAACAGGUUAAUCCCGGUUGUGACGUCACUAAAACCCCAGUUAGUUAAGUAAAAUAUAAAAUCAAGAUGGCGGACUACACGCCGUGUUUCUAAAACCAAGCAAGAUGAAAAGAAGACUGUAAAGGGCCUUCAUUCAGAAUUUUUAAAAUUCUUUCAAAUGAGACAAAUGCCGAAUCUAAUGUAAAUGACGAAAUGUUUGAACUCAUUUGCAUUAGACUCCGCACAUGAAAAGUUCGAUGUUAUAAGUACGAAAAUUAAUAGUUAAUACUUAAUAAUGAUUAGUUAAUACUUGCGUACGCCAAUAGUAUCUGUCAAAGUAUAUAGGUACUUUAAAUAAAUCAUUAAUUAACGAACUGUAGAUAUGCAGCAUAACUAAUACAAACGAACGAGAUAAAUAACUACCAAUCAAUUAACUUACUAACUAACCUACCAAUCAAUUAACUUACUAACUACUUGCUAGUAGUUAGUAAGUUAAUUGAUUGUAACAUACGAAUAGUAACAUAUUCACUGCUCGUGUCCGUGACCCUGUAAACUGCACCCAUAUAAAUAAAGUAUCGCAAAACCAAAAGAGUGCAAAUUCACAUAAUUUAAUUCGUGUGUCCUUGAGUAAUACAAGCCAACCCAAUAAAACUAACCAACCUAAAGAACUUGGUCCAAAGACCAAAGUCAGAUGUGAAUUUGUACCGGGUAUUGUUCUUUCAAACGUUAUGUCGCUUGCGCCGAAAAUUGACGAAAUAAGACCAUUGGUCCUCAAUGCUGCCGUGGACAUUGCUGCAUUCACCGAAACGUGGUUAAAAGACUCAAUCUUAAACACAGUGCACGUGGUUGAUAUUCCUGGGUUCAAAAUAAUUAGGAAGGACCGCAAACACACUAUUCAUGGUGGAGUUUGUAUCUACGUUAACAAUCAGAUAAAAACCGGUAUUUUGCACGAGUUAGAUAACAUACAAUUUGAAGUCUUGUGGAUCAAGCUAUCACCUAAACGUCUACCUCGUGGGAUAUCAAGCAUCAUCAUAGGAACAAUUUAUCACACGCCAGCGUCUGAUGAUCAAUCAAUGAUCGAAUAUCUAACUAACUGCUUGACUAGCAUAUUGAAGCAACGAACUCAAACAGUGGAAUAAUCCUAAUGGGUGACUUGAACAGAUUAUACACCUCUCGCAUUAGUCGCCAAUUUAAUCUUAAACAGCUGGUAAAAUUCGCAACCAGAGGCGAAAGAACAUUAGAUGUCAUCCUAACAAAUCUCUCCAAGUUCUACGGAAACCCACAAAAACUCGCACCUUUUGGUCUUUCUGACCAUUGUACAAUAAAAGUGCUUCCUAAUACCAAAUCCACAACAGAAAACAUGUUUUAAGUCAUAAAAUCACGGGACCUAAGGCAAAGUAACAAAAACGCGGUAGGCAGAACUCUUUCUGCUGUGGAUUGGUCAUGUCUAGAUAAUGUUGUCACUUGCGAGGAAAAGGUGUCAAUCUUGAACGAUAUAGUCGUGAACACGAUUUAUACCAUAAUGCCUAUUACGGCAAAAAAGAUCCAUAUAAAUGACGCACCUUGGAUGACCACUAAGCUCAAGGGCGUUAUUAGAAAACGGCAAAAGGCAUUAAACAAUGGAAAUCAAACCGUUUUUAACUUGGAACGGAAAAAAUGUAGACAAACGUACUUCCACCAGAAAAUCAAAAGCCUUAAAUACACUAAGCCUAAAGAUUGGUGGCGAUUUAUAUUUUAUCAUGCUUACAGAUCGAGGAAUUGAAACAAUUGGAUAAGUUUGAGAUUGCCAAUCAAAUUAAUGAUUCAUUCCUUGAACCAUUACAACGUUUCCAAGCAUUGAACUCUUCAAAUUAUGUCAAUGCCUCGGAUGUUUCGAAUAUCAGCGACUUAAAUAUGCUGACUGUUUCAGA